CAGAGCGGAAAAUUUCCAUCCAAACGGUAAUCGUUUCUACUUGUUCAACUCAGGAAAAAAACCUCUGAUCAUGUUCCCGAAAAUGGCUUACGUUGCCAGAAUAGGUCCUAAAAAAGCAUCCGCUAUCGGAAAAUGGGCCUACAAUUGGGCCGGAUUCAACCAGUAUGGUCUAUACCGUGACGACUGCCUGGCCGAGGACCGCGAUGUGAGGGAAGCAGUUCGACGCCUGCCGGAGAAAUUGAAGGACGAGCGCAACUAUCGUUUCAUGCGAGCAUUGCACCUCUCGACGACGCAUACGGUCCUGCCGAAGGAGCAGUGGACCAAGUAUGAGGAGGACGUCAAGUAUCUGGAACCGUACCUGGAAGAGGUGAAGCGGGAGCGCAGAGAAAAAGAACAAUGGGAGACCAUGUAAUGUUAAAGCUAAAAUUUUGAGAUAA